UUUAUUUGAACCUAUCCACGUGACUUUACUGAAAGACCCAAGAAUCUGACGGGAUGUGUCCAGCUUCUCCACUUCCUCCACGUGUUUAACCGUUUCACCUGACCCGCCCGUACUCCACCCCACGAUUAAAGCUUAGUUGGUAUCGCCCGCACACCGCGAGCCAAUCAGCGACGAGGGAUGACGUAAUGCGCAUUCCUUUUCGUGACAUCAGCCGGGCACGGUUCCCGUGAGGAUGACUUUGGGGGGUGCUGCUUUUUGGGUUUCUUGCGUUUCGGUUGACUCAAGUGCCAGGCCGUGGUGCUGGACCGAAGCAAAGCACAAGACAGUCGCUCAACGAGUCCCGCAUUCUUCAACAGCAAAACAAACACAAAAUCGGGAGUGCAUGAAAUAUCAGCUUGCAUUCAUGUCGUGACACAAAUACCAUCACAAGCGAAUUCGCAUGACAUUCGCCGAUUCAUCUAUAUUCGUACUGCUUCUGUUACGUCUGUCCCUAUUUACGUUCGCCUCUGGACCCAUAAUAUUUCACCUCCCAAUCCACUUAUCUGGCUCCUCCCCGUUUUGUCCCUAACAAAUAUGUCUGCCUACUUGCCCAUAUCAACUUCCCUAACCAAAAUGUCCUCCCCCUAUCCAUGUCCGCCCCUACCCAACAUGUCCGCACCCUACCAAUGUCAACAACCCUACCCAACAUCUCGGCCCCUACCCAACAUGUCCGCCUCUACCCAAGUCCACAACCCUACCCAACAUUUCGGCCGAUCGAAACAAAAGUCCACCUCAAACCCACACGUCCAAAAAACUUCUAUAAGAAGGCCCUGGAUGGGGAGGAACUCGCCGACUUGAGACGAGACUCGGACAAGAUGCUCGCCCUCAUCGCCUCCGUGAUCCUCCUGGUGCAGGCGACCGCCCAGGGCUGCGGGGUGCCCAGCUACCCCCCCAUCGAGAGCCGCGUGGUCAAUGGAGUGGAGGCGAGACCCAACAGUUGGCCCUGGCAGAUCUCCCUGCAGUACCUGUCUAGCGGGUCCUGGUACCACACGUGCGGUGGGACCCUGAUCGACCCCCAGUGGGUGCUCACGGCGGCCCACUGCAUCUCCUCGCGCACGUACCGCGUGGCGCUGGGCGAGCACCUGCUGAGCGUGGCCGAGGGGGGCGAGGUGCAGGUGGACGUGGCGGCCAUCCUCGUCCACAGCGGCUGGAACGGGAACAACGUGCAGGGCGGGAAUGACAUCGCGCUGAUCCGUCUGGCACAGCCCGUGGCCCUGGCUGCCACGAUCAAGGCGGCCUGCCUGCCCCCCGCUGGGCUGGUGCUGCCCCACGACUUCCCCUGCUACAUCACGGGCUGGGGCCGUCUCGUCACCGGGGGGGACCUCCCGGACGCGCUGCAGCAGGCGAACCUGCCCGUGGUGGACUACGAGACCUGCAGCAAGCCCUCGUGGUGGUGGUUCAACGUCCGCGAAACGAUGGUCUGCGCCGGCGGGGAUGGCUACGACUCCGGCUGCAACGGCGACUCCGGGGGCCCCCUGAACUGCGUGAGUGAAGACGGCUCGUGGGCCGUCCACGGCAUCGUGAGCUUUGGCUCGGGCCUGGGCUGCAACUCCAUCUACAAGCCCACCGUGUUCACCCGCGUCUCCGCUUUCGUCGACUGGAUCGCCGACGUGAUGGACACGUACACGGUGCGUGCCGACGACUCGCAGGUGAUCAUGUUCCACUGAGGCACCGCGAGGGUCAAGAGGUCAUCGCGGUCAAUGUUCACGACGACGAUUCCGAAGCACCUCGUUCAUCAUUCCCUCCGUCCCUCCUGCUGGCUGCAGUCGUUCCGACACCAAGAGGUGUCCGGGGGAGCCGGCUGCCGUCAAGGAGCUGAGAAAUUCUAGCCGGAGGUGCUCGUGAGCGAACGUCGUGACAACGUCGCGUCGGUAGCGGAUCGAUUAAAAGUUGAGC